AUUCUUCCAGGGCAGCUGAGAAGUUUCCCAUCCCCCUCGGCCCGGCAAGGAUAAAAUGAAGGAUCUGAAGAAGUAUAUGACAGAAGGUCUGCUGCAGUUCACGAUCCUGCUGAGCCUGGUCGGGGUGAGGGUGGAUCUGGAGUCUUACCUGCCCCCCAUCCGGGAGAUCAUACUGGGGAGCAGCUCUGCCUAUUCUCAGAUCCCCUUCCACAGCCUGAGGGACACCUGGGGAGGCUCCAGCCUGCACCCGAAGAGCCCGUACCUGGACUCGUUCUUCACUGCCCGGAGGCUCCUGGACGAAGUGAGGGCGCUGGGGGACCCCCGCAUCCCCAGGACUGAGCUCAGCGCCUGGCUGGUGCAUGCGGCGUCCGGGGAUGCUGAGGCUGGAGCGGCCAGCGCUCUGCUCAGUGCAGGAGCCAAUGAGGAGAGCGGAGGAUCCGCGGACCCCCCCGCGGACAAUGAAGGGCCCAGCCAGACACCUGCCAGGAGCAGCAACCUACAGCCAAGCCAUGCAUCCCCUUCCCAGCCACACAUCGCUACAGAAGCCAGCCCCGGAGACUAUACCAAAGAGACACAAGAAGAUAAGUUGGGGUUUGCUGCUGAUUCCUAUGAUUACAACUACCUUCAGAGUGAGAAUGGAAAGAGAGUGCUGGACGAGGACAUCACUCAGCAAAACGACCAAGACGGCACAACAGGAGCUGCUAGAAAUACUGAUACAAGUGCCAACAGCAACCUGAGAUCAGAGAUCGAAGGGAACACGACAGAGCCUUCUCUUUUCUUUGAAGAAUUUAUUCAGCUGCUAGCACAAACGGAAAAUGCACUAGAGGGCACAAGUGAAACUUCUCUUCAGAAUACUCAGCCCUCCCCCAGACCAGGAAGUUCAGUCAAUGAACUAUGGCAGGACCUCCUUUCCCUGCCUGAUAUAAAUAUUACACUGGAGGACAUCCAGUCAAUUUCAAAUAGCAACAAUCCAGUCAGCUCUACUGCACCUUACAAUGUGGAUUUUACUGAGGCAAUAAGUCAAGACGUAAGUCUGCAGGAAGCCAUGUACACAUCAAGUAACAAUCUCAGGUCCAUUGAGGAUUUGUCCCAGACACCAGAAAGCUUCAUGCAGUUAAACUCAAGUACAGUUCCUGAAGGACCCUUGAGUAUGACAGAUUUAACAUCUUUAUUUCCCAGUACUGACAACUGUUCUAGAAACUCAACAAAUCAAGAUCUUCUUUCUGGUCUCGAUGAGAAUGUAUUUGAUGAAAUUAAUUUAAUGUCCUUAGCCCUGGAAGAAGGGUUUGAUCCUCUGGAGGUCUCUCAGUUGUUUGAAGAACCAGAUUCAGAUUCUGGACUUUCUCUCAAUUCAAGCCAUAGCCCUGCAUCUGCAAGCAUAUCCGAUUCUUCAUCAGUAACCUUUGGGGAGGAUGAAGGAGCUGCUGGCUACAGUAGUGACUCCGAAUCUGUCGCUUAUGAUGGCCUAGAAGGGGCAGUUGGAGGAAGCUGGGCAGAUAUCAACAAAUUUUGCCAAAUGGAUUAUCAAGAUGAGGCAAGUUACUACGAUGAAGUGACUUUAAAUAAUGUCCACCAUAACCAUACCUACAAUCAGCUGCCUGACCAGUUACAGUCCAGUCCUGAACAUCAUUACAGCUGGGCGGGAAAAUCUGGCAAAUUAAGAAGCCCCUGUGUGAGUGGAAUGGAGAAAAGCCUCAGCCGUGAUGAACGUCGGGCUAAAUCCCUAAAAAUUCCCUUCACUGUAGAUGAAAUUGUCAGCAUGCCUGUAGAGGUGUUUAACAAUAUGUUAUCCAAGCAUUACUUGACCGAGACCCAGAUAUCUGUUAUAAGAGACAUUCGGCGUAGGGGGAAAAACAAGGUCGCUGCUCAGAACUGUCGCAAACGUAAGCUGGAUGUCAUUUUGAACUUGGAGGAUGAUGUUAAUCAGUUGAAGACACGGAAAGAGAAACUACUGAAAGAGCGAGCUCAAUGCAGCAAGUCCGUGAGCCACUUGAAACAGAAACUGAAUGACCUCUAUCGCAGUGUGUUCAGCCGACUACGAGAUGAUCAGGGCAGACCAGUCAAUCCAAGCCAGUAUGCACUGCAUUGUAAUAGCGACGGCAGUAUCAUUGUUGUUCCAAGGAGACUGUUCAAAUCGGAGCAAAAAAAAGAUUCACAGAAAGAGAAGAAACAGAAAUGAACCCUGAACUCGUUAAGCAGUAGUUACUAUAAGGAGAGACAUACUAUCCCUAAAAGUAGUGGCAGCAGUAAUAUAAUACUGUAAC